AUGAGUGAUAUUGAUUAUCCUCAAUUGUUAGAUUAUUAUAAAAUCGCCUAUGCUAUGCCCAAUCUCAUUUCUUACCACAAUGCCAGAUUGUCACAAUAUUUUGUAAAUAACCGAAUCACAAAAUUGAAAUCAAUUGAUCUCCUUGGCCAAACAUAUAUUGGGAACAACAGUUCUGAUGAAGGUAUUGCAAUCUGCUUGCCAGAAUUCUCUGCUGAUAAUUAUCACAGCAUCUUGCGUGUACAUCGCAUACACUUAGAGGUUGCAAUUGCUGUAGAUGUAACUGAUAUGAACGAAGAAAGAAUGCUGGUCAUUCCUAUGCCAAAAAUAUACUAUGCCUGA